CUCAAAGAUGAGAUAGACAGGGCAAAUGAACAGAUCGAUCAACUCAAUGAUCUAAUAGCCAUAUUCGUACUGUUUGGUGAGGAUGAGGAGCUGCAAGCCCUCCGCUCAGAGUUAGAAGAAAUCGCUACGAAAGUAAAUAAACUGGACACUGAAUGGACCAAAGCAAAUGCAUUAACAACAAAGCUGUUCAAGCGAGAGGACGGUCCCUUUGUAAAAGCCCUAGAUAUCGCACUAGAUGGCUUCAAUGUGCGACGACAGGCCUAUUAUGGAGGAACGUUUGUGGGAAACCACGUCCACCUAACUCUCAAGCCUGAGAACACGGUGACUCUCUGCAAUGCGGUGUUUACAGCAGGACAUUAUCGUCCUGCUAUCAUGCAGCGAGCUGAGAGGAUACACAGGAAAUAUUCUGUGGUGUUUGCUCUAUUCCACAACUGCGAUGAAUUGUAUAACAAGCCAUACAUAACUGACAAAGAAAUUGCUCUUCUAGGCACACACAUCUCUACCUUCAUGAGCUUUUAUCGGGAGCAAUUUCCCGAUGCAAGUGUGAUUCCCAAAAUGCACAUGCUUGAAACGCAUGUGGUUGACUGGCUUAACGAGUGGCGAGUGGGAUUGGGAUUGAUGGGAGAGCAAGGAGCUGAGUCCAUUCAUGCCUAUUUCAACAAUAUAAAGGCAUCAUUCCGAAACAUCCCGAAUGGUGUAGACAGAUUAAGAUGCAUGAUGAGACAGCACUUCGUACACGUUGCACCAUCAACCAUUGCAUGCAGACGUCCCCCUCAAAAGAGGAGAAAGACCAAAUUAUGAUUAUUUUUUAUACAUAUAUAUGUACGUACGUAUGUAUGUACGUACUUAUCAAUACACAGGCUGGAAUAGGCAACGUUCUUUACAGGAAGUUAUAACUAUUUCAAAUGACACUUUAUAGCAUGUAUAAUUAUAAUACAUGACUAGUCUGUGUAUCAAAACAUACCUCAGGACUUUCUUUUCAAGUAACUGCUGCUCACUAGUUUUAGGAAACACAGAUGGUGACAGAAGCGCUUCUUUGCUGGAGGCACUGUACCCCUUGUCCAAAAUGAUGUACUUGUACAAGCCAACACAGCUUGUGCAGUGAUCUGUCAAUUUUUAUCAAACUGGUAUCUAUGGAAAGCACAUGCUCUAUACUUCCAGCACAGUCACAUUUUUCACAUACUUAGGAAUCCCCUUCCACAAUGGGAUGCUCCAAAACCAGCCCCCACUUCCACUGGUUUGUGGUUUGGAGGAAUGUAUUAUCUUGUCAUAAUCAUGUACUACAUCCUGAUAAACUAAGUGGUGAAUUUUCAUUGUUGUGAAACAGCGGUGAUGAGCGGUUUGUGGAUCUUUCUUUAAACAGAAGAAAAGUUCUUGCGCGGUUAAAAUAGGCAUUCACCCUGCUUUUGCCACCCAUGCAAGAACAUUAUAAGAGUGAUAGUAAAUCCUACUACCCGACAAUCACGAUCUAUUUAGAGUGCACCGACUAAUCUGGCACGAAGGGAGGGAUGGUAAAGAUUAAGGGAGGAGGGAGCUUCAAAAUGAGUUUUCACCCCAAUGCUCCUGAUAACAUCACUAACCUAUUUCAGGAUCAGGUGGACAACCUUCACACGAGGUACGACGUUAAAUACAAUAUAUAUACGUGUACAGAGGCCGGAGUUCCUGUGCAAUAUAUAUGGGCUAUAUAUAUGGGCUGUCAGGUGCUUCUAACAACUUAGUUAUACAUACCUUUCACAUACAAAAUUCACAUAACUGCUCUGAGGAGGAGGAUGAUCCAGAGCUCCGCUCAGAGCUAGAAGUGAAAGCAAAGAAAGUUAAUUGGAACGCAAUACAUAAUUAUAUCUUUAGGACACUGAUAUCUUUAGGACGGAUCAGCACUAACAACAAAGUUGUUUAAGCGAGAGGACGGUCCAUUCUUAAAAGCCCUAGACAUUGCCUUCGAAGCCGAGGAACGUUUGUGGGAAACCACGUCCUCCAGGUACAAUAUUAUAUAUUAAUUAUAACAUGCUUACGCUGGACAUCACUUGGCAGCAGGUCCUGCUAUCAUGCAUUCUGUGGUGUUCGCUCUUUUCCACAACUGCGAUGAGGAGGAAAUUGGUUGUCUAGGUAAUGUAUAAUUAUUUAUUAAUACUAAUCUCUAUGGGUCACAGGCUGGACGAGUGGACGAGUGGAGGGUGAGAGGUGAGAGCUGAGUUGCAUAUUUCAUCAUUGGCAUGAUGAGACAGCACUUUGUACAUGUUGCACAUGUUGCACCAUCAACCAUUGCAUGCAGACGUCCACCUCAUUAUUUUU